AGAAUUUUGUCGCGUUUAUUUCAAAAUUGAAAAGAAACUAAGUUUUGUAAAUGGGGUACUAAACUUGAUGAUAAAACAUGCAUUCAAAUGACUGGUAUUAUCAUAAUAGUAUGAUAAAAUAGUUUUGUAACUUAUAGGUUUACUUUGUAAUCUUUCUUGUUCAGUAUUUAUUAGAGGUACCGUACUAUUAUGAAUAUUUUAUGCAUCAACAAUGCCAAAAAAAGGGGGAAACAAAACAAGAAUUAACGCAGAUUUUACUUUAAAUGACUCUGCAAAUGCUCCAAAACCAGUAGGCAGAGUGAAGAAAUCAGUUAAACCUGAUGCAAAUCCUGUAGCCUCAUGGGAAGACCUAGAAGAUAACGAGUAUGAUGUUCUGGAAGAAAUAGACACAGAUGGAAAUAGUCAAUUACUUUUUGUUAAAAAACAAAAUUCUACACAUACUAGUGAUGAAGUAUUCGAAGGUGUCGUGUAUCCAGAAAUCGUGUGGUACUUGAUAUCCAAAUUUGUUAAACCAGAGGAUGUAGGAAAGUUUGCCCUUAUAAAUAAGGCAACAUAUGCUAUCACCAAACGUGAGUCAUUUUGGAGGCAAAUGUACUAUAAGUAUUGUAAAAAUCACCCACGACUUCCAGAGAAAUUGAAGAUUGAAAAUAGUUUUGUCACUUAUGGCCUCAGGCAAAGGGUCAUAAGAGGCUUAUUUUACACUUAUCGUAAGUUUUUCCAAAGUACUCUACAGAAUAUAGAAUGUUCACCGCACAAACUCAUAAGAAGAAGAUGUGUCAGUGUUUGGUAUUGUAAGCUUAGAUCAAAUUGGAGCAUAUUUUUUAAGCUCAAAAGACAGACAGUGGACCAAAAGUUAUCAGUAGACAAAAUAAAUUUCUUGCAAGAAUUGGGAAGGGUAGAUGCAAAUCCAGACGAAGGUUGUAAAGUAUUACAGGUGACUUGCUUGAGUCUAAAUGAGGUGCCUCCGUUGAUGGGCAUGGCGCUGUGUUCCGUCAAUGUGUCUCUGACCCAGGGUCUGAUACAUCAGCGGGUCAAUCUGGGCUUCACUUCGGGCAUCUGUAAUGGUGUCCAGAACAUAGUUCCCGAACGUUCUAUAGUUAUAGACUCAGUGCUCAAUAUGAAUGUUUACGAUUGGUGGCAUCCGAGGUAUCCAUUCUCUGAUACAAUACUGCCAUCUGCUAUGAAAGAUGAGGAGUUAGCGCCAGUGCUAAGACAUGAUUUUUUUACGCCAUUAAAUGGGCAUAAAUAUAAGCUAUAGUGAUGUUAUGUUAAUAAAGGAAUAUAUUUUGUUGCAA